AUGUCUUCCGACAUAAGCUACGUUACAUACACGCUGCUGGCCGUUGUGGCCGGUCUUAUUUUCGUACCGGUCUUUCUUGACGGUGAGCCCGAUGGACCUCCUAUGGCAUUGCUCCACCAGUCUUCCGUAGGCCCGACUCGUCACAAAAACGAAUCAGCUAUACAUCGUUCACGUGAGACACCAGUUGGGUUUCCACUUCGACAAGGGUUGGGGAUUCAGGAAGGCUAUUCGAAGAGGAACGGAGAUGUGAGGGAUAUCUGGCGAGUUUUCAUGCAAAAAAUCGGACACCUUCAUACUAUCUUAGGAAAUGAUAAGGUUGUCCAUAGCAUUGAUACACUUGACGCCGAAAUUGAUACACUGGGACAUUAUAUUUCUGGAUUGCCAACUAAUAGCCAGAGAAAGGCCAUUGCCGUAUAUCUACCAAAUUCUGCCGAAAAUUUGAUCGCUGGUUUCGAAGCCUGUGCCUUCCAUGACUUCACAUUCGUCCCAAUUGAGUACCCUGCGGAACCUGAGAUUAUCGCGGAUAAGCUUCGAGCAUCCAAUGCCGAAAUCUUGAUCAUGCCAGCCGCCUCUCUUGAUAUCAAUGACUUGAAUGUUUCCACUCUGCUUAAACACGUUAUCCUCGUUGUCGAGGAAGGAAGCAGACACCUCGACUUCGCUGCCGAUCCGGAUGCCAAAGUAACUUUGAAAGAAUGGCAUGAUAUCGCCGCAAAUGGCCAGAAAGCCACGCGACCUGAAAAGAUCGACGAGUCGCAGCCUCAUAUGAUUGUAUUCUCGAAAGACCUCAAGCUUCAAAAGGCUGUCACGGUUCCUUACAGUCACGUCAACAUCGUAGCCGCGGUAUCUGCACAAGCCACUGCUCCAGCUCCAAAGGACCAGUUUAAACCUACGGAUAUCUUUACCCCAGCUUCUACCCUUGCAGACCAAUUCACCCGAAUUCUUACCUACACCGCCAUGCUUUCUGGGUGCACAAUAACGAUCAAUGCUGUGACUCCACCAUCUGGUAGUCUCCAAUCUUCUUGUGGCAAUGCUCUCCCGUCGAUUAUUGUGGUUCCAGCGGAUUCUCUUUCUGAUAUCGGACGUUUAUCUAAAGCUGCUCAAGUUGAGAUCUUCCAUGAAUGGAUGCAUGUCUACCAGCUUAGGAAACUCACUCGCUACGGCCAAGUUCCCCAACACUCUGCUUUUGCAAGAUUCAAUGAUUACGACCGACCAAACCUAGGCAGGAAUCUAAGACUAAUUUACGUAGCUGAGAACCCAGCAGAAGGGACAAAGCCAAUCACAUGCAAUAGGCUUAACGAUAUCAGGGCCAUUUUCUUUAGCAAAGUUGUGUACGCACUCACGUAUCCGCCGGCGGCUGCUGGGGCGAUUACACAAACUACUUCUUUCGAUUACAGGCCUGGUGAGGAUACCGCGACGUUCAAUGAAUCUCAUUUGGGUGCACCUCUUAGCUGUGUUGAGGUCAAAUUGAGGGAUGCAGGUGAAUACACGGCGGAACAUGAAGAUGGACCCAUGGGCGAGAUUGUGAUUGCUGGGCCAUCGGUCACUAGCUCAGGCGAAUAUGCUACUGGAAUAAUUGCAAGGUGGAGAAGCGACGGUUGUUUGUCGAUGGGGUCAAAGGCUUAA